AUGAGCUCUCCCCUGCGGGAUCACCCUUCCUCAGGGAAUCGCGGCGCGCGUCCCUCUGCGAGUCGAAAACGCUCACGUGCGAGAGAUGAGGGCGAUGGCUCAUCCGUUGGCUACGGCUCGAGUCCCUUGCCAUCCUCGCCGCCUGCUGGCUUCAGCAUUGCCCAAGGUGGUGAUGACGCUGAGGACGAUGUGUUGGAAGACGACCAGCCCGAAAUUCAAGACGACAUUGACGACGUCGACGAAAUGGCAGAUGAUGAUGUUGACCUGUUUCGCGAGGGUUUCGAAGGUGACUAUCAGAAUCGGGAAGAUGACCACUACGAGGACAUCGACAUUGAUGAUGCGCAAUAUGGCGCUAUGGACGCCGCCGAGAGGCGGCAACUGGAAGCGAGGAUGAACAGGCAAGAUCGCGAGGUUGCUCGUCGGCAGAGAGAGCCUGGAGCCUUUUUACCUGGGGAUGAAGACGAUGGUGAUAUGAUGGACCUCACAGCGCAGCCACGACGUCGCCGCCACCAUUAUGACGAAGACCAAGACGACGCUAUGGAUCAAGAUAUUAUGGAGGAGGAACUCACUUUAGAAGCACUGAGCGACAUCAAAGCACCCAACAUUACUGAAUGGGUAGCGCAGCCUGCCGUGCAGAGGACGAUCAAGCGCGAGUUCAAGCUUUUCCUGACCGAAUAUACAGACGAGUCGGGCCAGUCAGUGUACGGGAACCGCGCCAAGACUCUGGGUGAAAUCAACGCUGAGACGCUCGAAGUGUCUUACGAACACUUGACCGACUCCAAGGCCACUCUGGCUUUCUUCUUGGCCAACGCACCGGCAGAGAUGAUCAAGUUGCUUGAUGAAGUCGCCAUGGAAGUCGUCCUCAUCUAUUACCCGUCCUACGAACGUAUCCACUCUCAAGUACACGUUCGCAUCUACGAUCUGCCGGUUCAUUACACUUUACGACAGCUCCGUCAAUCUCACCUGAAUUGCUUGGUGAGGGUCAGCGGUGUCGUCACUCGUCGUUCUGGGGUGUUUCCCCAGCUACAAUACGUCAAAUUCGACUGCACAAAGUGCGGAGCUACCUUGGGUCCCUUCCAGCAGGAGUCGAAUGUGGAGGUCAGAAUCUCAUUCUGUCAGAACUGCCAGUCUCGCGGGCCUUUUACGGUUAACUCGGAGAAGACGGUAUACCGCAACUACCAGAAGCUCACUCUGCAGGAGUCUCCUGGCACCGUGCCGGCCGGCCGCUUACCACGCACGCGCGAGGUGAUCUUGCUGUGGGACCUCAUUGACAGUGCAAAACCGGGCGAGGAAAUCGAGGUCACUGGUAUUUACCGCAACAACUACGAUGCCCAGCUAAACAACCGCAACGGCUUCCCAGUGUUUGCAACCAUCCUUGAAGCCAACAAUGUGGUCAAGUCUCAUGAUCAACUUGCGGGUUUCCGCAUGACACAAGAAGACGAGAAGGAGAUUGCCAAGCUGAAGAGCGACCCAAACAUUAUCGACAGAGUCAUCGAAUCGGUUGCGCCGAGUAUCUACGGACACACUGACGUCAAGACUGCUGUUGCUUUGUCACUGUUUGGUGGCGUGCCAAAGACCACAAAGGGUGGCCACCAUGUUCGUGGCGACAUAAAUGUGCUGCUACUAGGCGAUCCCGGUACCGCCAAGUCGCAGGUUCUGAAAUAUGUCGAGAAGACAGCCCAUCGCGCCGUCUUUGCUACAGGUCAAGGCGCCAGUGCUGUCGGUCUGACAGCAUCUGUACGCCGCGAUCCCAUGACUAGCGAAUGGACGCUUGAAGGCGGUGCGCUGGUGCUUGCUGACCGCGGUACAUGUCUCAUCGACGAAUUCGACAAGAUGAAUGACCAAGAUCGGACUUCUAUCCAUGAGGCAAUGGAGCAGCAGACUAUCUCUGUCUCCAAGGCUGGUAUUGUCACAACACUGCAGGCCCGGUGUGGGAUCAUCGCUGCUGCCAAUCCUAUCGGCGGGCGCUACAACUCGACCAUUCCAUUCUCAGCCAACGUAGAGCUCACGGAGCCUAUUCUGUCACGUUUCGAUGUACUGUGCGUCGUACGCGAUACAGUGGAGCCAUCUGAAGAUGAGCGUCUAGCGCGGUUCAUUGUUGGCUCCCACUCGCGCAGCCAUCCCCAAGCGCAGCCAAACCAAGAAUCGACCGACGGCGGCGAUGAGUCGCAGCCAACUGAGACGCAAGCGUCCUCAGCCAGGGCGACUGGAGAGAUCCCGCAGGAGCUACUGCGCAAGUAUAUCAAGCAUGCUCGAGAGAACUGCCACCCCAAGUUCUUCCAGGUGGACGAAGACAAGAUUGCAUCGCUGUUCGCCAACAUGAGGCGCGAAUCGCUCGCAACAGGCGCCUACCCCAUCACGGUUCGUCAUCUCGAAGCCAUUAUCCGCAUCAGCGAAGCUUUUGCAAAGAUGCGUCUAUCAGAUAGUGUCUCUACUGCCGACAUCGACCGUGCAAUUGCAGUUACCGUUGACAGCUUUGUGGGCAGCCAGAAGGUGAGCUGCAAGAAAGCGCUGGCGAGGGCGUUUGCCAAGUACACGCUAUCAAGACGGGGGAGGGGGGCCGCGAGCCAGAGUCAGCGGAGGCCAACAGCCGUGAUGACUUGA